ACCUUGAAUGAGAUUCUAGCUGGAAGGUGGAGUCGCCACACUUAGGAUGUGUGCAGCCACAACAGCAGCACCUGUGUCCUGAGGACCAGCCAACCUGGGAGGCAAGCUCUCACCGGCGAGGAGGAUGCGGGUGUGAAGCCCCAGUCCGUGAGUACCGUGAGAUCGUCCCCUGGAUUAAGGUGACAGUGCUGGGCGGAUCAGCACCAUUCCACCGCCCCUCUGUGGAGCCGUGCCAAGAGUAGGGGAACAUGGAGGAGAGGAAGCAGGAGACAACGAACCAAGCUCACGUCCUCUUCGACCGCUUUGUUCAGGCCACCACCUGCAAGGGGACCCUCAGGGCCUUCCAAGAGCUCUGUGACCACCUGGAGCUGAAGCCCAAGGACUACCGUUCCUUCUACCACAAACUCAAGUCCAAGCUCAACUACUGGAAGGCCAAAGCCCUCUGGGCCAAAUUGGACAAGCGGGGCAGUCACAAAGACUACAAAAAGGGCAAAGCCUGCACGAACACAAAGUGUCUCAUCAUUGGAGCUGGCCCCUGUGGUCUCCGCACGGCCAUCGACCUGUCCUUGUUGGGAGCCAAGGUGGUGGUUAUUGAAAAGCGAGAUGCCUUCUCCCGCAACAAUGUCUUACAUCUCUGGCCUUUCACCAUACAUGAUCUUCGAGGUCUGGGCGCCAAGAAAUUCUACGGCAAGUUCUGUGCCGGAGCCAUCGACCACAUCAGUAUCCGUCAGCUCCAGCUAAUCCUCCUGAAGGUAGCCUUGAUCUUGGGCAUUGAAAUUCAUGUCAAUGUGGAAUUCCAAGGACUUGUCCAGCCUCCCGAGGACCAAGAGAACGAACGGAUAGGGUGGCGAGCAUUGGUGCACCCCAAAACUCAUCCUGUAUCAGAAUAUGAAUUUGAAGUGAUCAUCGGUGGGGAUGGACGUAGGAACACGUUGGAAGGAUUUCGUCGAAAAGAAUUCCGUGGCAAGCUAGCCAUCGCCAUUACGGCUAAUUUUAUCAACCGCAACACAACCGCAGAGGCCAAAGUGGAGGAGAUCAGUGGGGUGGCUUUUAUAUUUAACCAAAAGUUUUUCCAAGAGCUGAGAGAAGCCACAGGUAUCGACUUAGAGAACAUCGUCUACUACAAAGAUGACACGCACUACUUUGUCAUGACGGCCAAAAAGCAGAGUUUGCUGGACAAAGGGGUGAUACUGCAUGACUACACAGACACGGAGCUGUUGCUUUCCCGGGAGAACGUGGACCAGGAGGCCCUGCUGAACUACGCCCGGGAGGCUGCAGACUUCUCUACCCAGCAGCAGCUGCCUUCCCUGGAUUUUGCCAUCAAUCACUACGGGCAGCCGGACGUGGCCAUGUUUGACUUCACCUGCAUGUACGCCUCUGAAAAUGCUGCCUUGGUACGGGAGCAGAAUGGACACCAGUUACUAGUAGCUUUGGUUGGGGACAGCCUCCUGGAGCCUUUCUGGCCAAUGGGGACAGGGAUAGCCCGGGGCUUUCUGGCUGCUAUGGACUCUGCCUGGAUGGUACGAAGCUGGUCCCUGGGCACCAGCCCCUUGGAAGUCCUGGCAGAAAGGGAAAGCAUUUAUAGGUUGCUGCCUCAGACCACCCCUGAGAACGUGAGCAAGAACUUCAGCCAGUACAGCAUCGACCCUGUCACUAGGUAUCCCAAUAUUAACAUCAACUUCCUCAGGCCAAGCCAGGUGCGCCAUUUAUACGAUAGCGGGGAAUCAAAAGAUAUCCACCUGGAAAUGGAGAACCUGGUGAAUUCCCGAACCACUCCCAAGCUGACGCGCAAUGAGUCUGUAGCUCGUUCAAGCAAACUGCUGGGGUGGUGCCAGAGACAGACAGACGGCUACUCAGGAGUCAAUGUGACAGAUCUCACUAUGUCUUGGAAGAGUGGUCUGGCCCUGUGUGCCAUCAUCCACAGAUACCGCCCGGAUCUUAUAGACUUUGACUCUUUGGAUGAGCAAAACGUGGAGCAGAAUAACCAGCUGGCCUUUGACAUCGCUGAGAAGGAACUGGGUAUUUCUCCCAUCAUGACGGGCAAGGAGAUGGCUUCGGUGGGGGAGCCGGACAAGUUGUCCAUGGUGAUGUACCUCACGCAGUUCUACGAGAUGUUCAAGGACUCGCUCUCCUCCAGCGACACCCUGGACCUGAACGCAGAGGAAAAAGCUGUCCUGAUAGCCAGCACCAAAUCCCCCAUCUCCUUCCUGAGCAAGCUCGGACAGACCAUCUCUCGGAAGCGGUCACCCAAGGAUAAAAAGGAAAAGGAUUCAGAUGGGGCUGGAAAGAGGAGAAAAACCAGUCAAUCAGAGGAGGAGGAGCCUCCCCGGAGCUAUAAAGGAGAAAGGCCUACCCUGGUGAGCACCCUGACGGACAGGCGGAUGGAUGCUGCCAUCGGAAACCAGAACAAAGUAAAGUUUAUGGCAACCCAGCUGCUGGCCAAGUUUGAAGAGAAUGCGCCUGCUCAGUCCACUGGCGUGAGGAGACAGUCAACACAAGAGCGUGGGGUCAGCCGGCCAUCCUGGUGUCUGCCAGAGCAGGGUCGCCCUGCUCGCAUCCCCCAGUGGAAACAGCGACAGGAAAAGGAGCGCUCUCGGACCUGCCCCAAAAAAGUGAUCACUCUCUCUCCUCCCCCUACUCCACCUUCCUGCCGGGCGCGCAGUGGCCAGCAGAUGUACAGGAAUGUUCAUGCUGACAGCCGUGGCAAGCAGAAUCCCCACCACGAGAGGCCAGAGCCUGAGCCUUCACGUCGAUUUUUUGUUGACCAGUGGGAGCUCUCCCUUAGUCUCCGCUCCUCCAAUCGCCCUGCCUCUCCCUCCUCUGACUCCCUCCGACAGAAGUAUAUAAAGAUGUACACGGGCGGAGUGAGCUCAUUGGCUGAGCAGAUAGCCAAUCAGCUUCAAAGGAAAGAGCAACCCAAAACCCUUCUAGACAAGAAGGAACUGGGCUCCAUAAAGAAAGAGUUCCCGCAGAACCUGGGGGGCAGCGACACGUGCUACUUCUGCCAAAAGCGCGUCUACGUGAUGGAGAGGCUGAGCGCUGAGGGCAAGUUCUUCCACCGCAGCUGCUUCAAGUGCGACUACUGUGCCACCACGCUGCGCCUCUCAGCCUACGCCUAUGAUAUCGAGGACGGCAAAUUCUACUGUAAACCGCACUACUGUUACCGACUGUCUGGCUACGCGCAAAGGAAGAGGCCAGCGGUGGCGCCACUGUCUGGAAAGGAAGCCAAAGGACCCCUGCAGGAUGGCCCCACCGCAGACACAAACGGACUGGCCAGCGCCGCCACCAGCUCAGCCGAGAGAAGUCCAGGUCUGCAUCAGGUGACUGAGUUUAUGGCCUGGAGCAAGUGGACAUCAGGUCCUGCAUGUGCCAGCAUGAACGGCCUGGAGGAACCCAGCAUCGCCAAGAGGCUGAGGGGCACCCCCGAGAGGAUCGAGCUGGAGAACUACCGCCGAUCGGUGAGGCAGGUGGAGGAGCUGGAGGAGGUACCUGAGGAGACGCAGGCCGAGCACAACCUGAGCAGCGUGUUAGACAAAGGCACCGAAGAGGAUGCGGCCAGCAGCAGUUCUGAGUCAGAGAUGGAGGAGGAGGAAGAGGAGGAUGAAGAGGACCAGCUCCCCACCUCUGACCUGGGCGGGGUUCCCUGGAAGGAGGCAGUCAGGAUCCAUGCCCUUCUGAAGGGAAGGAGUGAAGAGGAGCUGGAAGCCUCCAAGAACUUCGAGCCUGAGGAAGAGGAGGAAGAGGAGGAAUAUGAAGACGACGAGGAGGAGUAUGAUGAAGAGGAAGAGGAGUCCAGUGAAGAAGGGGAGUAUUGCCCCUGGGACAGAGAACUCCUGCAAGGCCAGUGGCUCCAGCAUCUCUCAAAGGAAGAAGAAAUGGGUACAUGUGAAGCCGGGAACAAGAGGCUUCAGCAGAUCAUAACCGCAGCGGAUCCCUUGGCGAUCCAGGCUGAUGUGCACUGGACACACAUCCGUGAGAGAGAGGAGGAGGAGAGGAUGCUCCCACCCUCUGAGUCCUCCACUUCUAGAGUGACCGGCCUCCCCUCCGUACGGUGCGCAGCAGUACAGGCCUGGCUGGAGACUGUCUCCGGAGCUCCUCUGGAUGAGGAUGACCUAGAAGAGGACGUGGACUCUGAGCCAGCAGAGACCGAAGGGGAAGCAGCAGAGGAUGGAGACCCUGGAGACACUGGUGCUGAACUGGACGAUCAGCACUGGUCUGAUGAUAUCCCUUCUGAUGCGGAAACGGAACAUCGCUUACAGAGCCAGACCAAGGUGAAAGCAGACCUGGAGCUCCGAGUGUCAGAAAACGAGGAAGAGAAGCCAUCUGAUACACCAAAGCAAGAGGAGAGAGGUCCUUCCCAAGUCUCCAGCCCUAGCCAGCCACCUCAGAAACAAGCUGUUCUGUUCUCCCCAGCCCACAGCCCGGGGGCAGAGGAGGCCAAGCCCCCACCUGCCUCCAUUACCACCAAGGUGAAGUCCCCCGCUGAGGAGCCACUUUUCCCUGCACCUCUGCUCCUCAGAGAAAAGCCCAAAGCUGAAGGCCCGGAGGAACAGAAAACUGUGCACUCCCCGAUCCGAUCCCAGCCCGUGGCCCUGCCCGAAGCCAGGUCGCCUACCUCACCCACCAGCAGCCUGCAGCCGGAGUCCCUGCUGGCCCCUCCCACUCCUCCCACACCUCCCUCCACCCAACUCCCCAUCUGUUCCCAGCCCCAGCCUUCCUCGGAUGCUUCCAUCCCAUCACCCACCAAGUCCCCCAUACGCUUCCAGCCAGUUCCAGCCAAAACAUCCACACCCCUCACCCCACUCCCUGUGAAGAGCCAAGGAGACCCCAAAGACAGGCUGAGUGGCCCUCUGGCUGUGGAGGAGGCCUUGAAGCGGAGCGAUCUGGUGGAGGAAUUCUGGAUGAAGAGUGCUGAGAUCCGCCGCAGCCUGGGCCUUACUCCUGUGGACCGGAACAAGGGGUCAGAGCCCAGCCUCCCCUCCCCUGCCUUGAAGCCAAUAUCCCUAAAGUCCUACUCAGUUGACAAGUCACCUCAGGACGAGGGUCUCUGCCUUCUGAAACCUCCAUCUGUUCCCAAGAGGUUGGGCCUGCCAAAGUCAGCCGGUGACCAGCCCCCACUGCUGACCCCAAAGUCGCCCUCUGACAAGGAGCUGAGGAGCAACCAGGAGGAGCGAAGGGACCUAUCCAGCAGCUCGGGUCUGGGCCUCCACGGCAGCUCCUCCAACAUGAAGACCUUGGGCAGCCAGAGCUUCAACACCUCAGACUCCACCAUGCUCACGCCACCUUCCAGCCCGCCCCCGCCCCCACCCCCCAAUGAGGAACCUGCAACCCUUCGAAGGAAACCCCGUCAGACUUUUGAGCGCAGGGAGGCCUCGGUUAUCCCCCCUCCCACUCCUGCCUCAUUCAUGCGGCCCCCUCGGGAGGCAGCCCAGCCCCCCAGGGAGGAGGUUCGUAAGUCCUUUGUGGAGAGCGUGGAUGAGAUCCCCUUUGCUGAUGAUGUGGAGGACACCUACGAUGAUAAGACUGAGGACUCCAGUCUGCAGGAGAAGUUCUUCACGCCCCCCUCCUGCUGGUCCCGUUCAGAGAAGCUCCCGGCCAAGGAGAACGGGCGGCUCCCUCCGCUGGAGCAAGAGGUGCAGCCACAGAAAAGGGCACUGCCUCUGGUCUCCGCAGAGGCCAAGGAGCUGGCCGAGGAGCGCAUGCGAGCCCGGGAGAAGUCUGUGAAAAGCCAGGCGCUGCGAGACGCCAUGGCCAAACAGCUGAGCAGGAUGCAGGCCAUGGAGAUGGUGUCCUCCAGGUCCCGACCGGCACCAUCCCCGGGCAAGGAACCCGGGUUGGAGGCCACCAAACACCCAAGCCUCCGAGGCUCCCAGGAGCCCACCCUGAAGCACGAAGCUACCAGCGAAGAGAUCCUCUCCCCUCCGUCAGACUCAGGAGGCCCCGAUGGCUCUGUCACCUCAUCUGAGGGCUCCAGUGGAAAGAGCAAAAAGAGGUCGUCCCUCUUCUCCCCGCGCAGGAACAAGAAAGAGAAGAAAUCCAAAGGCGAAGGAGGCCGGCCCCCAGAGAAACCCAGCCUAAGCCUCCCAGAAGAUGUGGCAGCUAAGCCCAAGUCCCUAUGGAAAUCAGUCUUCUCUGGGUACAAGAAGGACAAGAAGAAGAAGAGUGAUGAGAAGUCGUGCUCUAGCACACCAUCCAGUGGCGCCACAGUGGACUCCGGCCAGCGCAGGGCAUCUCCAAUUGUGAGAGCAGAGCUGCAUCUCCGACGCCAGCUGAGUUUCUCAGAGGACUCAGACCUGUCCAGUGAUGACAUCCUUGAGAGGUCUUCCCAGAAGUCCAAACGAGAGUCGAUUUAUGUACCACACGGCUUGGCAUUCAGGAGAGCCUAUUCAUCAAAGCCCAGAACCUACACUGAGGAGGAGCUGAGCGCUAAGCUGACACGGCGUGUGCAGAAGGCAGCUCGGAGGCAGGCUAAGCAGGAGGAACUGAAGCGGCUGCACCGAGCCCAGAUCAUCCAGCGGCAACUGGAGCAAGUGGAGGAGAAGCAGAGGCAGCUGGAGGAGAGGGGCGUUGCGGUCGAGAAGGCUCUGCGAGGCGAAGCAGACUAUUGGGGAGAAUCUUAUUACAGUGGCCUCAUCGACUUGCACCUGGGUGUUGAGCCCAGUGGCGGGACUCCACGGCGUAGACCUCUCUCCUUCUGCCCUUGCUGUGUCCAGGAAGGUAUGGGCAAAAAGGAUGACCCCAAGCUGAUGCAGGAGUGGUUCAAGCUGGUGCAGGAGAAAAACGCCAUGGUGCGCUACGAGUCGGAGCUGAUGAUUUUCGCCCGGGAACUGGAGCUGGAAGACCGGCAGAGCCGGCUGCAGCAGGAGCUGAGGGAGCGGAUGGCCGUGGAAGAUCACCUGAAGACCGAGGAGGAGCUCUCAGAGGAGAAGAAGAUCCUGAACGAGAUGCUGGAGGUGGUGGAGCAGAGAGACUCGCUGGUGGCCCUGUUGGAGGAGCAGCGACUGCGGGAGAAAGAGGAGGACAAGGACCUGGAGGCUGCUAUGCUGUGCAAGGGCUUCAGCCUGGACUGGUCCUGAGCCUGCCUACCAUUGUGUCUGGUAGAUUGGCACCCACCUGACCCGGCUGCGUUCUCCCAAACCACUGGAUCCAGGUUCAGAAGAAGCCUGGCGUCCCCAGAGGGCAGUGCUCAGACACCACGCUGUGGGAAAACCCCAGGUGAGGGUUAUCAUCUGAGGUGACGUCACCUCCAAGGAGAGGCGCCCCCCACCCCCAGACUCCCCACUCAGGAGGGAGGAGAUGGGCAUGUUUGAUAUGUGCCCCAGGGGAACCGCCUUCAGGUCCCUGAGGGCUUGCUGCCUGGCACCUCUUUCAAGUGGCUCCUCUCCAGAGCCACUGCCACCACAGAGCACCUGCAGAGCAGAGCAACCGUUGCCCUCAUGCUCCCUGAAGCACCACCAAAGAGAAAAGUACAGAGGCAUCUUCAGAAAAGGGCUGUGGAUGGAGAUCCAGCCGGGAGCGACCCCCGCAGGGGUAAUGCUCACCCAGCUCUCGCAGGGGAAGUAGGCAGGUUCAUUAUGCAAGUUAGGAGGGUGCAAGAGGGGUCUGCCCCACCACACACUGGAUCCCCAGUGGCCAAGUGCCCCAGGCCUCUCACAUGGGCAGUGGCCUGAAGCCCGUGGAUUGCUGUGUUUUGCUUUUAGUUCACAACCAUUUUGACACUGGAAAGUAUUGACUUUGGGAGAGCUGAAGGAGGCCCUACCUUGUCAACUCCUCCCCCACCCCUUCCCCACCCUAGUCCUGUUGACAGAGAGGCGCAGUCCCUGGUCAGCGCCCACAUCAGUACAGGAGAGGGCUCUCCUUGGCAUUUUCCUGUGUUUGCACAUUGACAGCCUGGCCAGACACUCAGCCACUUCGGCCCCUUUUUGUCAAUUAACUUAUUUUUUUAAUACUUGAAAGUAAAGCAACGUCAUUUUUAUACCUUUACUAGAGACACUGCCUGUCACCUGCGCGUGGACGUGACGAGGGGGGGUCUUUGUACAUCCCAUGCAGCCUGAUGCAAAACUGACCUGAUUCUUGUUACAAGCAUUUAUUUAUUAGAUUCUUAAUGGUGUACCCGACUGGUUGGCGCCAGGAAGCAGCUCAAGGCCCUGUGGGUCCUUGCUCACAGCUUCUCUGUCCCCUCCUCCACCCAGCGCCCUGUUCCCGUUGCCGCUGGACUUGUGCAGGAGAAUGGCCUCUCUGUGCGGAUACAUUUCAGCACCAGGAGGCCAGACAGGCUGUUCUGGUCUUUUGGGGAUCUUGACUGUGUGGAACCCACUUUGUCCAGUUUUGCUGCCAAGGUUUUACCUACUGUACAUAGGUUAAAGGUUGAGACUAGCCCCUCUUCAUGCUUGCUGGGACCAGGUAGAGUGCGACCUUGUCCUUAGGCUAGCUGGUGAAAAUGCUCAGUCCAGCUAGACAGGAACCUGUACGCUGGUCUCACUUCAACGUACCAGCCACUCCAAUCUUCUCUGCCUACACCAGGAUUUUCUCAACCUGGCAAGAGCCAGUAAGCACCAUGUAACCAGAUGCAUAAACCAAGCUGUUCAUUUCCCGUGGUUUAGCCAGAGACCGGUGACUGUGGCCAGGGUGCUUCUCUCAAAACAGCAGCACAUGGACCGAUCCACUGGUGCCGUACCAAUCUGGAAAGGCCACACCAGCUGUGGGAGGGGCUAGUGCAGACGACAGCCAAGGGCCCACACUGACCCUGGACUUCCCAUGGGAACCACACUGUGCCUCAUCUUGAACAUCCAUCCACCCAACUCCAGAGGAGCAAACGGCUAUCUUACUCCUUCACCUUGAACAGAAGCUGCCAUCGCUCCCGUGGAAAUCCAGAUGUGCUGCUGGCAACCACCACAGCUCUGAUGUCAUCACUUCCUGGUCACUGACGUGGCAGUAUUGCUAUUUUUAUUCUAUAAGAGGAGGAUGUUCUGGAUUCCAUUUUCAACUACAAUCUGCCAAUAAAACUGGACUUUGGACAGGGCCAUCAUCGCCUGUGCGGCCUUCUCCUUGAGCCUGUCCUCCUCCACAGUGCCACCGGCAAUCCCAUGCAGCUCAGCUCUGUCAUUCCUGCUAACCCAGAACAAGGAAACCGUUUCCAGAGCAACCCAACAAGGAUGCAGGGGCAUGCUGCACCUCUCGUGGCCUCACAGAGCAGAAGCAACAGGUGUUCCCUUCUGCCUCUGUCGUGGUCAGCCAUGACCUGCUGAUCUCUCCAAAGCACACACACUGCUUCCAGCAGUCAUUGGAAAGUGGGCAGAACACUUUGCAGGAGGGCCUCAGAAUUCACCAGCCUCGGGAGACGUCCCCCAGCUCUCCAGUCGUGACGGCAGCGCGAGGACUUCAGGUUCUCACAGAGCACUUUUCUUAGGCUCCCAGUCUGUAACCACUAGUUUGCAGUUGAUUUCAGUGGUCCGGGGACCAGACAGGAAGUGUUCUCCGCCUCUGGAAACAUGCACAGCUCUAGUCAUGCAUUCUUCCCAGGAAUUAUGUCUUCAGUUGAAGACAGGGAAGAGAGGGAUGUGUACACUUCAUACACACACAGAGUGCAUUUGAGUAAACCCAAACUCAAGGCUAAGAGCAGUUCAGGAGGCUCUAGCCUCUAUCCCUGGAGUGCAAGCGGAAGGCAGUAAAACCCUGCUCAGUUGAUAUUUUUGUCCCCAACAGCCAACCUUGAGGUAAUUUUGACCAGCAGCUGUAGACUUAAAAAGAAGAAGAAGAAGAAGAAGAAGAAGAAGAAGAAGAAGAAGAAGAAGAAGAAGAAGAAGAAGAAGAAGAAGAAGAAGAAGAAGAAGAAGAAGAAGAAGAAGACAUUUCUCACUGGGAGAGGAGAGGCGGGGACAACAAAUACCGGGGGGCUGGGAAUAUAGCUCAGUGGUAGAAUGUGUGUUUAGCAUGCAUAAGGCCCAUGGUUCAAUCCCCCAGUACCACAUUUUAAAGAAAUUUUCUUUGGAAGACGGUAACACGACCCAGAAGAGGGAAUGGUCUGUUUUGUGCGCAAUAAAGUUUUGUUUUGUUUCGUUUUUUUAAAGAAAUGAAAAA